CUUCUCAAAUGCAAAGUACAAAAGUUUUGAUUCAAUUUUUUAAAAUUUAUUAAUCGAAACCUUAUGCUAUUUUUAACAAAAUCAAGUUAACUAAUACAAACAAAACUUUUAUUUUAUAAACUUAUCGUCAACUUACUGAAAAUUAACUAAACAUGGGUCGGAAAGUCGUGGUAGCAGUAUGUACAUUAAAUCAAUGGGCAUUAGAUUUCGAAGGAAACUUAAAUAGAAUUUUACAGUCUAUUCAAGAAGCUAAAGAGAUGGGCGCUCUUUAUAGAACAGGUCCUGAAUUAGAAGUAUGUGGUUAUAGUUGCGAAGAUCACUUCCAUGAGCCAGACACUUUCCUCCAUAGCUGGCAAGUGCUAGCAGAAUUGCUUAAAUCUGCCACUUGCAAGGAUAUUCUUAUAGAUGUUGGCAUGCCAGUCCAGCAUCGAAAUGUAUCAUAUAAUUGCCGAGUGGCAUUUCUUAAUAAAAAAAUCUUGCUAAUAAGACCAAAGAUGAUAUUGUGUGAAGAUGGAAACUAUAGAGAGACUAGAUGGUUCUCUUGUUGGACUAAAGAACGACAAGUCGAAGAUUAUUAUUUACCUCGAAUGAUCACUCAUAUUACUAAUCAGACAACGGUACCAAUAGGUGAUGCGGUUAUUUCUACUCGAGACACAUGUAUUGGUUUUGAAAUAUGCGAGGAAUUGUGGAAUCCUCAAAGUCGCCAUAUUCCUUUAAGUUUGGAUGGUGUUGAAAUAAUUUCAAAUGGUUCUGGUAGUUACAUGGAACUGCGGAAAGCAUAUGUAACCGUAGAUCUCGUUAAAAGUGCUACAUUUAAAAGCGGAGGCGCCUAUUUAUUUAGUAAUUUACGAGGAUGCGACGGACAACGAAUUUAUUUCAAUGGAUGUUCAUGCGUGGCUGUUAAUGGAGAGAUCGUCAGUCGAGGAAUGCAGUUUGCAUUACACGACGUUGAAGUUAUAACUGCCACAAUAGAUCUAGAGGAUAUACGUUCAUAUCGUACACAAAUUAGUUCCCGGUCGCAUUUAGCUGCCUCAAAUGUUCCAUUCCCUCGAAUAUCUGUUGACUUCGCUUUGUCCGAUGAUGAAGAUAUAUAUCUUACAACUAGUCCACCUGUAGAGUGCAAAUAUCUUACGCCUGAAGAAGAAAUCGAACUAGGUCCAGCUUGUUGGUUAUGGGACUAUUUACGAAGAUCAGGUCAGGGUGGAUUUUUUCUUCCUCUUAGUGGAGGGGUUGAUUCGACUAGCACUGCUUGUAUAGUUUUCUCCAUGUGUACACAGAUUUGUGAUGCUGUUCAGAAAGGAGAAAGCCAAGUUUUGUAUGAUGUUCGAAAGAUCCUCUGCCAAUCUGACUAUACGCCAUCUGAUCCAAUGGAGCUAUGCAAUAGACUGCUAGUCACCUGUUACAUGGCUUCAGAGAAUUCUAGUCAAGAAACUAAGCAACGAGCCUCACAGCUUGCCAAUGAAAUAGGUAGUUAUCAUUUUCCUAUCGUGAUAGACUCCGCCGUAAGUGCCGUUAUUGGUAUAUUUACAACUGCAACCGGCCUCGUACCUAAAUUUAGGAGUAAGGGAGGCUGUCCUCGGCAAAAUCUUGCGCUUCAGAACAUUCAGGCUCGCCUUCGAAUGGUCUUAUCUUAUCUCUUCGCGCAGUUGAUGUUGUGGGUGCGAGGAAGGCCGGGUGGAUUACUUGUAUUGGGCUCUGCGAAUGUUGAUGAGGCUUUAAGAGGAUAUAUGACCAAGUAUGAUUGCUCAAGUGCGGACGUCAAUCCAAUUGGUGGAAUAUCUAAAACUGAUUUGAAGUCUUUCUUACAUUAUGCUAAAAGCCGCUUUUUCUUGCCAUCUCUAUCUGAAAUUUUACAAGCACCACCGACAGCUGAGUUAGAACCGUUAACAGAUGGUCAGAUCACUCAGACCGACGAACAAGACAUGGGGAUGACGUAUGCGGAGUUAUCCGAGUUUGGUCGUCUGAGGAAAACGUUCCACUGCGGACCGUUCAGCAUGUUUCAAAAACUUGUACAUUUGUGGAGUAAUAAAUGUACUCCACAGGAGGUAGCGGAAAAAGUUAAGCAUUUUUUCCGCUGCUACGCCAUUAACCGCCACAAAAUGACAGUGCUGACUCCAUCAUAUCACGCUGAGACUUAUAGCCCUGACGACAACCGCUUCGACCAUCGUCCCUUCCUCUACCGUGUGCAUUGGAACUGGCAGUUUAAAACAAUAGACGACGCUGUAGCACAAAUGGCGAAAGACAAACGUGUCAAACACAGCGAUUCUAGCACAAUACAAGAAGUUUCAGGUUCUAACACAAAUAUCGCGUCGCACUUUAAUAUGCGACGAGACAGGAAGGGAGUACUUAUUUAAGUAUAUUAUAAUGCUAUAAUGAUAUAUAAGAAGUAGCGUUAAAAAAAAAAACAAUAUAAUGCGUAACGACAAUAUAUUUUAACGUUAAGUAGGACUAAAUUGAAAUGAAAUAUAGGUAGUGAUUAGAAUAUUGCUUUGUAGUUUGGUUGUAGAUAUAUAAGGGUAUUUUUUUUUAUUAAUUUUUUUCUAUAAAUAUAUAUUUUUUUGUAUUUACUUUUCUAUUGACUUGAGUACAAACCGUUGAGUAAGUAUUUUUGGUAAAGUUUAUGACAUAAUAAAUAUUUUAAAUAAUUUUUGUAUUAGAAUUUCACUAGUACGUUGUUAUUGACUUUUGUAUUUAAUUUAAAAUACAGAUUAUAAAUUUAACGA